GACACAUUGAAAAGUAAAUGCAUCGCAGCGACCGCUUUCAACUUGUUCUCGGACGAGUUCUAUGCCAGUAGCAAUGAAGGUCUGGGUCAGCACACUCGUGUUUCUGGUGGUGGGCUCCGAAGCCCUCACCGUACCACUCAUAAACGAUCUUGAACCCGGAAAAGGAUGGCCUCAAAGGAAUUCUGUGAAACAACCAAACACACAUUCAGAAGAGGUGGAUCCAUUUGUCAGUACCACUGAGUAUACAACGGAGGACCCUUCCUUCAAUAAUGAAGAAGCGACUGCUACUAAUAACGUAGCCGCGCCGCCCAAAAUAAUUGCUCGAGCUGAAGAGAUUGAGAGCAAGGUGGACUAUAGUGGUACACAGUUGUGGAAAGUUCCUACAGACAAGAAUAACGCAAGGGUUGUCAUAGGCAGAUUACGAAGAAGAAAUUUGAUAUCGACAUGGUCCGGUAACCAAACCUAUAUCGACAUACUUGUAAAGCCAAAUGCAAUAGAAAACGUCACUAGGAUUUUUAAGAGAGAGAGUAUUGACUUCAACAUAGUUAUCGAAGACUUGCAGAAAAGGAUUAAUGAAGAGAAUCCUCCACUUGACGAGAACGAAGUCGAACUUCAGGAUAGACGAGGCCACAGAAUGACAUGGAAACAGUACCAUAGAUUGGAGGAUAUUCAUGGAUUUUUAGACUAUUUAGCAAAAACGUACCCAGCGAUCGUUAGUGUUAAAACCAUUGGCAAAUCUUACGAAGGAAGAGAUAUAAAGAUCUUACGCAUAUCGGAUGGCAAAGCAACUAACAAAGCAGUGUUUAUCGAUGGUGGUAUACACGCGAGAGAAUGGAUCAGUCCGGCCACCGUUACAUUUUUCAUCAACCAAAUUGCUGAGAACUUUGACGAGGAGUCUGAUGAUGUUAAGAACAUUGAUUGGUACUUUUUACCGGUUGUAAAUCCUGACGGCUAUGAGUUCACCCACACAAGUGAUCGUCUCUGGCGGAAAAAUAGGAAGCCCCUACUUGGCAGGCAGUGCAUCGGUACUGAUUUAAACAGAAACUUUGGAUACCGCUGGGGUGGACGAGGCUCUUCAUCAAACCCUUGCAGUGACAUCUACCGAGGCAGCAGAAUGUUUUCUGAGCCAGAAUCAAAGGCUGUAGCCGAUUUCAUUAAAACAACAUCAGCUAACUUCACAGCAUAUAUAACAUACCACAGCUAUGGGCAAUAUUUAUUAUACCCAUGGGGCUAUGAGAAUGCAGUGCCACCAGACUAUAUAGACCUGGAUGAAGUUGGCAAAAGCAUGGCUGAGGCAAUCAGAAGUGCCGGCGGAUCACAAUACACAGUUGGUGCCUCAAGCAAAGUGUUAUACCCUGCAGCUGGAGGAUCUGAUGAUUGGGCUAAAUCACAAGGCAUUAAAUAUUCAUUCACUAUUGAAUUAAGUGAUACUGGCCACUACGGCUUUAUCCUGCCAACAUCUUUCAUAGAAUCUGUAGCCAAGGAGUCCUUUGCUGGGUUAAGGGUUCUGUCGCGCCAGCUAAAUUUAAACUUAAUUAACUAAAAUUUAACUAAGGUUGUGAUUUAUUAUGUCAUAAGUUUUUUAUUUAUGUUAGGUAUGUAUUAAAUUAUUACUAAUC